UGCCUAGUAUGAACUGCUGGCUUGACCGCAGUUCGUGUUCGUACCUUAGCGCCGUCGUCGUCGUCGUCGUCUUAGUAUCAGGCUACUAGUCUGCUCACCACCAAGUGCGAGCUAGCUUCAUUUAACGAUUUAACGAGCUGUAACGUUGUUGUGGUUUCUCUCGUCGAGAUGUGGCUACCUCAAGAGGACCCCGUGGAAAAAGUGAAAGAGUGACGGGAGGGGACGCCAGGAACCCCACAGGCGAACGGAGACAGCGCUGACAUGAUUUGGGUCUUGUGGGUGCUCACGUCCAUUCUCCAUGUUCUCUUAGCUUUGAGUGAACUUCCCCAACCAGUGAACGUGUUGAUCAACUCCAUUAAUUUCAUUCAUAUGCUAACAUGGGAACCUGGACCAGGCACACCUGCGGAUCUUUAUUACCAAAUCAGUGUCAAUACAGAUAUGGGUACUACCUGGGUCCCAGUGGCUGCCUGUCAGCAUGUCCAGUACCCAUUGGUUUGCAACAUGACAGAGGCCUUCUCCGAUCCAAGGCAGGUCUACAUAACCCAAGUUACAGCCAAGCGGCAAGGUCAGACCUCUCGACCAACGACAGUCUCAGGAUUCCUGCCCAUCAAAGACACUCACCUGGACCUACCAGUGGUGGCUGUAACCCCUUGUGGAAAAAAUCUGUGUGUGGACCUUCUGCCUCAUCUGCAGCAUCUGAGGGAAUUCUACAACUCACUCAGUUACCAACUCAGGAUCAACAGCAGUGGUGCGGCCAGUGCUCUGUUUUUUCAGGAAACCAAAUCUCUGAAGGGAACUGUUCUGAAGAACCUUGCUCCCGGCAGGCAAUACUGCAUCUCAGUUCAGUUCUCUGACAGCCUUGUCCCAAGGGAGUCCAACUACAGCCACCAUCAUUGUGUCAUUAGCCCAGGGAAUUACAAAUCAGACCCGCUGAUCUCAGCUGUGUUGUGUAUUUUGUCCAUUGUUGGUCUCAUCGUUGUGAUCCUCCUGGCCUAUACUGGAUUCAUCUGUCUGAGAAAGAGGCAUGUGCCUUCAGUUCUGACAUCCAUCCAUCACAGUAAAGAGGUGCGGGUUGUUGUGCCCCACAAAGCCUUCUUGUCUUCCCUCUCGAUGAUACCAACACUGCACUCUCCAAGUGAAGAGAAGGACUGUCGAACAUCAGCUCUUUGGGAUGUAGAAGACUCUUCUGGCUAUGGAAGUGAUUACAAAAUGCAUUUGGCCUCCAACCUACUCUCCUCGUCGUCCCCAACACUUCCUUUCUUAGCUCAGCCUGAACCACUGCCAAGCAACACUUCAAACUCAAACUCUGGCUUCUUCUCUGUAGGUGUUUUUUGUCCACAGCCUCAAGCCUAUUUAAAUGGUGCAUCCAAACAGUCAACCAUAGACACAGCCUCACUUUCUGACUGUCUCUUGAACUCAGCCAACAGUCCGGUUUCAUACCAAGCUAGUUUAACGGCAGAGAGGAUACAGCCAAUCGAGCUGGAAAAUGGGGUGGUUGGAAAAACAGACAACAGAGAUGUUAACCUCCACUCUCUAAUUUUGGGAAGGUAUGUGGAGGAAGCGGAGGAGAAAAACAUUUUUGACCAAUCGAAUGUGGAUACAAUCGCUCGGGAGGAGCAUGACGGCAUGUCAGUGAUGGUUCCAGAAACUUGCAACACUACCGAAGGACCCAUUGAAGGAACCUCCUGCCCUGUUGAUGAUGAAGAUCAGCAAUGUGAACAUUUUCCAUACAGAAGCCGCCCAUCAUGUACCUUGUAGGAUAUACUAUAUAUUCCAGGUCAGUUUUGUGUCAGCUAGUGAAAGUACUGAUCAAAAUUCAUUUCCAUAAAAUCUCGAACUUCAAAACUCUUGUUAUACAGUUAAUUUGGGAUUACUUUACCCUUUAAAGAAACACAUUUGGAGUAUUAAAAUUCGAAUCUCAGUUGAACCGACAAACAAGAAUCCAAAAGGAUUCUGACUUGAAGAUGUUAAGAGUGACUAAGUCUGCAAGGAUCACAAAAUGGAACCUCUAAGGCGGACUGAAUCUCGUCAGGGGUGGUGGUUCACCUCAGAUUGGGAAAGUACAUGUCCAUAGUAAAUAAUGGAACUGUCAUCAUCAUCACAAAACAUCUCACUGUACAAGUAAUGACUUCAUUAACACUCUACUUUCUAGCAUGCUUGCUAUGCAGUCUGUAUGCUGUAUAUUUUAGUGAGCGGUACGGUGGGGCACGUGGUGAGUCUGCCUCGUAGUUGUAGGCAUAGCCAGCCCCAGGCAUGCGUGACCUGAGUGCUUGCUUGUAGGGGUGCCCCGAUCUGAUUCUUUGAGAACGGAUAUCAGCCUGAAGUCAGCAAAAAAAAAAAAAAAAAAAAAAAAAACAGUGACACUAAACAAUAGUGCAUAGCAUUAACAAAAAAGACCUGAAAAUACGACCUUUGCUAACCUGCCACAGGUUGUCCGCUGUCUGUCGAAGGAGCUCCAGAGUAAAAGCCUCUUUAUGCUACCGCGGUCGCGCGUCCGACAACGGCCGCAUCACAUCACGCGACCGACGAAUUGCUCCACGCAGCACGUCUGCGUAGCUUGCCGCGGAGAUCAUCUCUCGUGAUUGGUCCGUUUUACUCACAUGCUGUGAUGACGUACCAGCGUGACCAUUGGUUACCAUCUACGUCGCCGCCUUCUCGAUCGAUUUUGCAGCAUAAUUAAACGUAUCAUCUGGUCAUUUAGGUCCAUUUGUUCUGUCCGGGUCGCCAUUGUUGUGGCUUUGUUCCUUGUUACUGAAAGGAAAGUAAAAACGGCUACUGGAAAUGGCCCAGAAAAUGCAGAGGAAACUCCACCCCGUGGUGUCCUAUCCAAUACCAGCCGUAGCGACACCCCUGACUUGGAGGGGAACUGCAGCACAUUUGCAAAACAGCGCGAGUGGGUUGCGCUCGAGUAUAAAGGCAAACUACGCGCCGGACAGCCGCAGUGACGUCAGCGCGCAAAUAUAAAGAAGCCUGAAGGAGUCUAUGAUUGCCAGCUUCAUGGCUCACCUCCCUCGACUCCCGAGAUCAUGAAUGAGCAGACUUGCGAUGAAGACGGCUGUAGCUCCCUUGGCGGACACACUGGGGUGCGAUCCGGCUACCUGCUGCAUGGCACCACCUGGGUCGAGGUGGCCGAGGAUUCUGCUCCCAGAGGUUAUGCUUCUCCUGACGUUCCUUCUCUACAACCUCUGUAACACCCCCCCAGACACACAUACACACCACCACUCUCAUAGAAGAAGACUAUUAUUGUAUUCAUUAUUUCAAUGCCAUCACACAAUUCAGGAAUAUUACCGAACAUCAUCCCACCUGGUCACUGCCACAACACCACAAACCACAUUACUCAGAAAAAAAGCCAUUAAACCAUCCAUCAUCCUGAAUAUGGCACUUUUAAAUGUACGCUCUUUGUUGUAAAUGAUCACAUUUUAGAUCAUAAACUUGACUGUUUGUUUUUAACUGACAGUUGGCUGGGUCCAGCUGCAUCUCCAGUUCUUAGAGAGACCUCUCCACCGUAUUAGCUUCUCCAUCUCUCUGCGAGAUAGUGGGAGGGGAGGCAGGAAAGCAUCAAUAAAUGUGAAUAAACUUCA